UCACUUUGUGGCCGUCCCUCUCGCCUGGAACUCCCUUCGUCUUGCUCUGUCUCCUUUCUGGCUCUCCACUCUAGGACUGUCUGCGGACACGCUCAGACCCCCGCGUUUACUCGUCACCCCUCUGUCGCCAUGACGCCUACCCCACUGUUUUUCCUGCUGCUGCUCGGCCUCAUGGGGGCUCGGGCCACCGUAGACCUCCGCACGGCCGCCGCAAUGGCGGCAGGUUUGUGCAAAACUCGACCCACAGACAUUGUGUUCAUCGUCGACAGCAGUCGGAGCGUUCGCCCUUCAGAGUUUGAGCAGGUCAAGGUCUUCCUGGCUAAGGUCAUCGAGGGUCUUGAUGUUGGACCCAACGCCACCCGUGUGGGAGUUGUCAACUACGCCAGCCGCGUCAAGAGCGAGGUGUCUCUGAAGACGCAUCGCACCAAAGCCGGUCUGAUUAAAGCUGUGACGAAGAUCGAGCCCCUUUCCACCGGAACAAUGACCGGUCUGGCCAUCCAGUUUGCCCUGAACGUGGCCUUCAGCGAGAGCGAGGGUGCUCGCGUCAAAUCUCCCGAUAUCAGCAAGGUGGCCAUUAUUGUGACAGACGGGCGCCCCCAGGACAACGUGAAGGAAGUGGCUCUGCGUGCACGGGAUGCCGGUAUUGAGAUCUUCGCCAUUGGUGUGGGACGUGUGGACAUGAACACCCUGAAGCAGAUGGCCAGUGACCCUCUGGACGACCACGUGGACUACGUUGAGAGCUACAGCGUCAUCGAGAAGCUCACCAAGAAGUUCCAGGAAGCCUUCUGUGUGUCGGACCUUUGUGCCACCGGGGAUCAUGACUGUGAGCAGGUAUGCAUCAGCUCCCCCGGAUCAUUCAAGUGUGCCUGCAAAGCUGUUACCCUCAUGGACAAUGGUCGCAGCUGCAGUGCUUGCAGCAAUGCAGCGACAGACGUAGUGUUCCUGAUCGACGGCUCUAAGAGCGUGCGUCCUGAGAACUUCGAACUGGUCAAGAAGUGGAUCAACCAGAUCGUCGACAAACUGGAUGUUUCUGAGGCCAAGGCUCACGUUGGACUGGUUCAGUACUCCAGCUCCGUCAGACAGGAGUUCCCUCUGGGUCGCUUCAACAACAAGAAAGACCUGAAGGACGCUGUGAAGAAGAUGGCCUACAUGGAGAGGGGAACCAUGACAGGCCAGGCCCUCCGUUAUCUGACAGACAACAGCUUCAGCGCCGGAGGGGGCGCCCGGCCCGGAGUCGCCAAGGUGGGCAUCGUCUUCACUGACGGACGCAGCCAGGACUACAUUGGAGAUGCCGCCAAGAAGGCCAAGGAGCAGGGUUAUAAGAUGUACGCUGUUGGAGUGGGCAACGCAGUGGAGGAUGAGCUGAAAGAGAUUGCCUCUGAGCCGACUGGAGAGCACUACUUCUACACUGCCGACUUCAAGGCCAUGACCCAGAUCGCCAAGAAGCUGCAGAUUAACAUCUGUCAAGAGGAGGACCCUUGUGAAUGCGACUCCCUUGUAAAGUUCCAGAAAAAAGUAGAAGACGCCCUGCAGGCACUAACAAAAAAAUUAGACAGCAUGUCAAAGAGGAUUGCCUUGCUGGAGAACAAAAUCGUCUGAGGACCCACAUCCCACUCUGCACACUCUGCACACACACCCACAUACACACAAACACACAAUUUUUACUUCCUGUAAAAUACUGAAGAGGAUCCCAUGUGUGUGAACCCUGACCUCUGCUUGUAUCCGAGCUCUCCCACAUCAUCUCUGCGCCAUCCUCUCUCGAUCUUACCUCUUCCACCUUUGGGUCUCCUGGGAAACAAAGCGCCGGUUGCCAUGGAGACCACGCCUUUUUGUGUGUUCAGAAGGCCAUCGUCCAUAGCCAGCCUGUGUGUUUGUUAAUAAAAAACUUCCCUCAUAGGGAAACGGUGACGGUA